GUACGAUGCUGUUACCCGAAAGGGCGAAUUGAAGUGGCAGAACGCCCUCAAUGCCGAGAAUGCUGAUUUCGCUCGUGCCGCCGAAGAUGGCAUUUUCCUAAACUAUAACUGGAACCUAGACUUGCUACGACUUUCUCAAGAGACUGCUGGGAGUUCGCAUUGGUCCAAACGAAUUUUCGUCGGUGUUGACUGUUUUGGACGUGGCUGUCCGGGCGGAGGCGGUUUUAAUACCAGUGAAGCUCUCAAGUUGAUUCUGCGUGCGUCCCAAUCCUAUCCGGACAGGCCCCUCUCCUUGGCUCUUUUCGCCCCCGCUUGGUGUUUUGAGAAGCGUAACGAUAUUGCCAGUGUUCUACCUACCACUCGCCCCACCGAAAACGCGGUGCGUGCCGCCCAGCUCAUUUCCUACCUUGACUCUUGUUUCUGGCAGCCACUGGAAACCUUGCUGUCAGCCAUUCGGGCCUGUGGUCGGGUCCCGACAGCGCGUGGCCAGCAUAGACAUUGGGAUCGUCCACUAGUGCCUCUGCCCUGUCCCGAAGAGGCAGCCGUACUGUGCACCGAUUGCAGCAUCGGCCUGGGUCUCUUUAGGGUCAGUGACGGCAAACCUGACAGGAAAUUUGAAUAUGAGCCUUGGAGUUGCCUCAACAGUCAACAGGUACAUCAUCAUAAUAAUUGCGACUAUCGCCAUAAUAGUACAGUUUCCUCACAUGUUUCUGCCGUAAAUUUUAAUAUCUUUUAA